AUGGCUACCGCUGCCUCGUCACUCCAUGCGGCGUCAGGGAAUGGCCGCUUCAACGAUGAAGCCUCGUCGUGGGACAGUAACCCCUUCGUCCACGAAGCCAGCAAUGAAGCAUUGAAAGCAAUAGUCUCCAGAUUCCCAGCUCUGAGGAACCCUCCGGCACCCGACAAAGCUCUGGACGUGCUCGAGGUCGGCUGUGGCACCGGUCUACUAUCUUUCAUGCUGGCACCGUAUGCGAGACGACUGGUGGCGGUUGACGCUGCUCCUGGGAUGAUCGAAGUGCUCAAGACGAAACUGCAAAGCCGCGAUGCGGCCCAGAACAUUCUGCCGGUGGCUGUCUCGCUAGAAAAUCCUGAGGACAAGCAUUUACCUCCAGCUGAUGAGACCAAGCCUGACGGACCACGACUGAAGUUCGGCCUCAUCACCUCACAUCUGGUUCUACAUCAUAUUCCCGAUCUCAGAGCGGUGCUCACCACCAUGCUGGGUUGCCUCAAACACGGAGGCAGUGUGGCCCUGACCGACUUUGAGGACUACGGUCUCGAAGCCAGUAGAUUCCACGCAAAGGCCAAGAUGGAUGGCGUGCAGAGACACGGGACGAACGCGGACGGCAUUGAAAGGUUGAUGAGCGAAGUCGGCUUUGUCAAUGUUCGCGUGGAGCGAGCUUGGAGUAUGGACAAGGUUGUGGAGAAGUAUGAAGGAGAAUUUGGUGAUGCUCCCAAGGGUCCUCGACAGUCUGAUCAGGGCGAGGUCAAAAGCUUCCCCUUUCUGCUGUGUACGGGGGAGAAGAAGUAUUGUCUUUGA